AUGACACUGUGGAUGCGUGUUCUCUGGAGAAGCCUAGGAAGAUUCCGACUCUGGAUCGAUCUGUCCAUUUGUUGGGUUGUGCGUUUCCGCUCUGCAGGUCAGGGUCCAGUGUGUAGACCGGGCAUCCGAAGGUGUGGAAACGGUUCACUGGAGGUGGUUUGGAGGUUUGGGCGAUUUUCUGGAGCGGUGUUCUCGUUUCUCCCUCUCGAAGAGUGGAGGCGCGAAUUGUGGAGGCAUAAUUCAUGGCAAAUCCCCAGAGGUUUUAUCGGCAAAGAUGCCAUUGUCGCAGUGAUAAUGCUUGAUCCGAACAUUGAAAGAUUGGGCAAAUUGUUCGAAACGGGAUUUGGCUUUGACAACAGCUUUGGCGUGAUUGUAUUUGUGCAGGUGGACGUAGUCGAUGCCGCUGAAGUGGUCAACAAAGACAGUGGCAUAGUUAUAUCGUGCUAA